UGGUAUAUUACGUUAAUGACAAGCAUCAGAGAAAUAUAAAGUAAAUGUUCAUGUCACCCACGGUCUAUUAAAUAGCAAGAAAUGCACAACAAGUUCACCAUACCUCAUCACGGAACAAUUGAAACUUUUGCAGAGCUUUGUAGGUGAAAGUAAACGGCUGAUGCAAUAUGACAUCCCAACCUGUGUGUGUCAAUCAUUUCUGAUGCAAUCUGUAAAAGAUAUUGCCAUGUUUAUAAUCACACAACAGCUACAAUUUUAAGGGACGAUGCACUUUCUUAAACAGCAGUGUGUGUUGUGGCUGCAUUUACUGUUCACCCACACAGAGACAGGACAGGUCAGGCCCAUUACUGCUCACUCUUUUUCACUAUUCCUUAUUACUUAGCAAAAACAAAGACUUAUCAGUCUGAUCUUUGUCCUGGAAAGUCUAAAUUCUCUGAUUUAUUUUUCUUUUCACAGGAGCACACAGAUUGCUGUAAAACAGAGGUGGUUCAGUCUGUGUGUGCAAAAAUAAUCCACCAUUCACCGACUGGGAAGAUGGUCUUCAGCCUGAGUGGGAGUUGUUGGCUGAAAUGAAAGACAAGAGAAAAAAUAUUUUAAAUAUAAUACUGGUGUCGUGAGACUUUUUUUUCCUUGUUGUCCCACAUUGUUACGUUUAGUUGUCCUUGUAAUACUGUGGAUUCGGUUUCUGUUUAUUUCCAAGCUAAACUGGUGGAAUGAGAUUUGUCAAAGUCUGUUUUAAUUUGUGUGGCUAUUUGUCACAGAGACUUUCAUUAUCUGUGCUGAGACUGUUGUGCUGAUUUAAGAUUGACAUUUAACGCGGUUCAUCAACCUUUGGGUCUAAAUUAGGAUUUUAAUGCUCACAAAUGUAGCAAUCAAAUCAGAAUAAGCAGAUAAUUUCUUACAAUAACCUGUAAGUGGAAAACACAGAGAGUUUUUAGCUGUUAACUUGUGUGUCAACGAGUCACUGAAUUUAAGCUUCGAAUGCACUUUGAGGCAGGACAUUGUCAGCAGGACUAGGUGCACCCGGUCCAAAUAUACACUGUGCUUAAGCAAGCUGAAUCGUGCCUGCCACCCACAAGCUAUUUUCCACCUGCUGCCCACCUACAUCAACAAUAGUGGAGCAGAGCUGAGGAUAAACACAAAUACAAACAGACACAACAGAGUGCACAUGGCGGCCACGCUCUCCAGAUUAACCUUUAUCCACCCUGAUGAGACGUGUUGUCUUUUCCUGGAGCACUCUGCAUCCAACACAAUAUGGACACCAUACUGAAACAAUAGUAACCUUUUCGUCCGCUCACUCUAAGGUUUUCACUCUGAAGAGCUUUUAGUUCUGAGCAGACAGCAGCAAAUAGGUCAACAUAGUUCAACCCAUCCCCCCCCAAAAAAACACACAAUUUGAAGCUGAAAGCUCCUGCAGGGCAAUUUGACGUCUGUGGUAGAAGAAGAGCAUGUUUUACCGACUUACCAUUUUCCAAGGGUUUAGUUGAUGGGACACUCACGCAAAAUGAAAAGACAAUUGGUUUGAGAGAAUUUGCAUCAACGCUCGGUGUUGAAGUACACCACCCAUUAUCACACAAAAGUUUCUGUCAUUUUAAUGAGCAUUUUGAGAGUUCACAACACUUUCCCAUUGCUUCUACACAAUCCUGUAAUCAGGGAGAGAGACGGAGCGAGAGAGCGAGAAGAGAGGAGGGGAUCGGGUUUCUCAGCCGCUCUGUACCCUAAUCCUGGAUUUGGAAACGAGAUGAGAAGAACACAGGUAAGUACAAACACAAGCAAUUACAGCACCGACGUGGAAUUGGUAGGUGGAGGGGGGUGAGUGGCUUGAAAGGAAAUAGGGGAUCUCAUAGGUCAAGAGGGGGUGGUUGGUCGUAGGUGGGUGGGAUAUAAAUACCUGCAGUAGACAAGGGCAGAAAAAUGCUGAGGGUGUGACAGACAUUGGCUUGCCUCCAUCUGUAAUAGUGAAAAAGACAGGGACAGGCUCUGUAGAGGCCUUAAUGAGAGAAAUCUGUGUAGCUGAGACCCACAGUUCAGCAGGUGUAGCAGCGAUUCUAUCUUGAACCUGAAGCUCCUCACAAUUCAUCUACUAGAGUCUCGAUUCAGAGCAGAGCUGUGCCUAAAUCUGUGAAGAGUUCUGGCUGAAGCGCUGACAUGCAUUUCUCUGUGAGCAAAAAAGUAACAUCACAGUUUUCUACCUGCACAUUCCCAAGUGACUAAAAGGGGGAAGUAUGCUUGACUGAGCCAGAGAGAAAAGGACAAGACAAGAAGACGAUACACGGGGUGAAAGGAGGCUAGACGCAGCCAGGAAAGAAAAAGACAAAGCAGAACAAGAGAAGGCCAAAGAAGACGAGACAAAAGACAUAAGGCAAGACAAAGUAGACAUAACAAAGUCAGAAGAAAGGAAGGCAAGGAAGCAGAUUUAAAGAGGGUGAGAUUAGAGGAGACAAAGGAAGCAACAGGCACAGCAGCAAUGGAAGGCAAGAGGAAAUAAAUCAAGAGAAGGGGAGGUGAAGACAAAAAGCCGGUUAAGGGACCACAUCAAAACUUCAAUAUCCCAUUGGGACCAUUCUAGACAGUCCAGGAAAAACAUGGCAUGUCAGGCGUUUGGUGCUGACUCUUUCACCUCACUGACAGGAGAUUCGCCUUUGCCAAUUCUCAUGCACCAUGGCUCCACCAGUGACUGCCUGCCAACCACCUCCCACGCUCACAGCAUGGUCUCUGCAGUAUCAUCUGGCCUGUCCCUGGGUCAGACCUCCAAGCGUCCCCACAUGCAUCUGUCCCCUUCCUCACUCAGCAACGCCCUUGGCAACGCCCCCCCGAGCCUACAUUACCCAGUCACCCCCUGUCACUACAGCAACCAGCAGGCCACCUAUGGCAUGAUGGCAGCACAGGAGAUGCUCUCUGCCAGCAUCUCUCAGACUCGUAUCCUGCAGACCUGUGGCGUCCCUCACCCCAACAUGGUGAGUGGUGCAAACCCACUGCAAGGGUCUCUCACGCCUUGCUUGUACAAGUUUCCAGAUCAUGGAUUAAGUAGUGGUUCUUGUGCGUUAAGCCACGGUUUCUCGUCAUUGCCCUCGGCCCUCCUAACAACUGAUGAGGCCCCUGGGGGCCCCAGCGCAGAGAUGAAAAGUGACGCCCAUAGGAAGAACAUGCGGGACCCAGAGGAUGCCCCGACCAUGGAUUCCCCACAGAUACGAGAGCUCGAGAUGUUUGCAAACGACUUCAAAAUCCGGAGGAUCAAACUCGGCUACACUCAGACAAAUGUAGGCGAGGCUCUUGCUGCGGUGCACGGCUCAGAGUUCAGCCAGACCACGAUCUGCCGCUUUGAAAAUUUGCAGCUGAGCUUUAAGAACGCCUGCAAACUCAAGGCCAUUCUGGCUAAAUGGCUUGACGAGGCUGAGCUGGCUGGUGCCUUGUACAAUGAUAAAAUAGGAAUGAAUGAGCGGAAGAGAAAACGGAGAACAACCAUCAGCCUCGGAGCUAAGGAGGCCCUGGAGCGCAGCUUUGUGGAGAAAAGUAAGCCGUCCUCUCAGGAAAUAGCCCGGAUCGCCAAAGGCCUCCAUCUUGAGAAGGAGGUGGUCAGAGUCUGGUUCUGCAACAGACGCCAAAGGGAGAAACGUGUCAAAACAAGCCUCAAUCUCAGCUCCUGUUUGACCAAAAUCAGCCCAAACUGCAUAGCGCAGAUGAAUAAAUCACAAAGACCUAUGACAUAAUUUAAAGUUCACUUUGAGAGAGUCAACUCUACGCUGACUAAGGCUCCUUUAUGACCACAGCUAAUGAAAAUGUGAUAUUUGUCUGACAGCAAUGAAUCCAGUGUAACAUUUAGAGAAUAUUACUCAACAGAAAACAAUAAAAAACUUCCUUCAUCCUGCAUGAAGCAGCUGCUGAUGCAUGAAAACUAUUUCCUUGACUUCCAGUUCUCAUUAUACAUCAGCUAAACCACCCCAUCUCAAUUUUGCUGUAGAACAUGAGUAAUUGUUAGCAGCAAAUGUCUGUCUCCUUUGUAUAGACAUCCCUUUUUGCAGCUCUUAUAUUGCCGAUUGUGUAAUUUUUUUUCUUAUUUACUUGAACAGAAAUGUUUCUCUGUGCUAUUUUAAUCCCACCAUGUCCCAGGAAAUUCAAUUUAAAGAAAAUACAGAAAUGUCAAAGAGCAGCCCAGCCAUUAUUUCGCCUUGCUUGAAGGUGAAACUGUGAGGAUAAAAGGUUUUCAUUAACUGCCUAUGAACUGCUGGCUUGAUGCUGCAGCUGCCAGUCCUGACAUUUAAAUGCAGUGAAUCUUGGCAGCGCCCCGAUUUCUAUACGAAUGCUAAAAGUAUAUUAACCAGACAGACCCGAUCUAAUUUAAUCCGUCAGCACUAGAGUGCUCAUAAAGAUCAGCUCUGUGCCUUUCUGAAAGCAGGCAUUAGCAACACUGUCCUUGAUGCUGUCCUUUGUUUUCUUCCAUGACAAAGUGGAAAUUUCCCUGUUGCUGAAAUGAAGUGUUCUAUAUGUACAUCUGCAUUUAUUUAGUCGUGUGUGUGUGUGUGAUUUUUUGGAUUAGCGCUGAUGCCUGUGUGUCUUCUUUUGAACUGCCUGUCACUGACUUAUGAAAAAUGUUUUAUUUAAUUUCAUGUAGCUGUAGUCCAAACAGUAAUAUAUUUAAAGUUUCACAACAGCCUAUUUAUUUGAGAGCUAAUAUAUUGAGUCGAUCUACUUUACUGUGUGCAACUUCUUUGAUUUAUGAUCUAAAGUCAGGAGAUAUGUGAAGAUUUUUGACAGCAAAUGGAUCUGUGGUCUGCUAUUUCCCCCUUCCUUGAUUUUGAUAUUUAAUUUUUCAUAUUUGUUGAGGUUUUGUUGUUGCCGUUGCUGCUUUGACAAAGUGUCACACAAAGAAGAACAUCAGCCUGUCAAGAGUCUGACCUGGUUGGGAUGACUGAUGUGAAAUAUCUUAAUAAAACAGAAACACCGUAUCAAACAGAACACCUGUCAAAUUCUGUUCCUCGUAUUAUACACAGUGUUCAUCAAGGUGCCAGGAAUUAGUGUCCUGAAAAGCCAGAAGGUGAUUG